AUGCACUCUCAUCAUAGUCAUUCCGGUGACUAUGUCGCACAUGGAGUUGAUCCGUUGGAAGAUAUUAUAACGGAGGUCAAAAGACGUCAAUUCCACACAUGGUGUUUGACUGAACAUAUGCCCCGUUUACAGCCUUCAUUGCUGUACCCUGAGGAAGUGAGGACUGCAGAUGAGCCAGAAAAAGACCUAGCUCGGCUGGUGACCCAAUUCGAGUCAUUUCUAGAUCAUGCCCAGAGAAUCAAGGAAAGAGAGUCCUUGAACAUCUUGAUUGGAAUGGAAAUUGAAGGUUGCAAUGCUGCCCACUUGGAGCAUGCCAAAGCUUUACUAUCGAGAAAGAGCGGAAUAUUGCAAUUCAUGGUGGGAUCUGUGCACCAUGUCCAUGAUAUUCCAAUUGACUUUGACCAGACAAUGUGGAAUCAGGCCAUAGCGAAGACUGGUAACAACAUUAAACAACUUUUGGUAGAUUACUUUACAUUGCAGAGAAAAAUGCUAGAAAGCGUGAAACCAUUGAUUGUAGGCCAUUUCGAUCUAAUUCGGCUGUAUAUGCCUGGUGAUUUGUUAGUCGAUAAGACUUCUGGGAAGAUUAUUAGUGAAAAAGAUGAGGUAGUAUCAUCAAAAGUAGAGAAUGUUGUUACAAUCAGCUCAAUUGAUUCCAUCAUGACAUUAUGGCCUGAGGUUAAAGAUUUAAUUAUAGGAAAUCUCCAAUAUGCAUGCUCCUAUGGAGCUGCACUUGAACUCAAUAGUUCGGGACUACGCAAAGGCUUAAUAGAUCCUUAUCCCCACCGUGAUAUUGUAGGACUGGCGAAAAAGGUUACUCCAGACCUCAAAUAUGUUAUGAGCGAUGAUGCUCAUGCAGUUUCGCAAGUGGGUGUCUGUUACGACAAGUUAUUAAAUUAUAUGGAAAACGUAGUUAAGAUGGAUAAAGUAUCAUAUCUGGCUGAAAUGCCAAAUGGACAACUGGAGUUUAAGGAUAUAUCAUUAGAAGAACUCAAGAAAGCACCAUUCUGGACUACCUUUCGAUAA